ACAUGGUAUCAGAGCGUUAGGCCAUCUCCGUAGCUUCCCCUUCAUGUCCGCGGCCGCUGCCUCCGCCGGCGAGUUGCUGGCCGCCGUCUCCCGUCACGCCGCCGGCCGCUGUCUCCCGUCACUCCGCCGGCCUCUUUUCUAGUCCCGCUGCCGCCACCGCACCGGCCGCUGUUUACUCGACCUCUCGAGUCCAGGUCGGACUUGGCCGUCGCCGUCUGCCUCCGAUUGGUUUGCUGCUGUUCUGCUGAACCUCCGUCUCCACUGGAUUCCCUCUCCUUUUCUUCCUUUUCCGCUGGUCUGCUCGUCCCCUGCCUCCACUAGAUUCCGAUUCCUGCUGCUGGCUUGCUCUGUUCUGUACAUCCUUCACUCCUUCAGGUUCUUGUGUGGCAGAUACAGGGCGAUUAGGAUUUCCUGCAGUUUGGUCUGUUCCUACACAAGUAUAAGGUAGAUUAUGUGCUGUUGUUAGCCUUUGAUUGCUGCAGAAUUGGAGUGAGCUCGUUGCUGCAGUAUGUGUGCUGGUUACGAGCAGAGAAGCAGAAGGUCUUUACUUGUGGGCUGAUUUGUUUGGAUAAGAAGUUUCAUUACUGGCUGCACAUCAUGAACUCUGACGGUCAAAGAGCUGAUGUUGUUGUUCCCAUUUCAGCCCCACCAGUUUGCAAUGUUUUGCAACUCAAUUGACUCAGUUUCAGAACCAACUUAGCAAUCUUCAGACCCAAUUGAAUCAGUUGCAAGCAUCGUUGAAUGGAUCUAUUAGUAGUCAUGCUUAAUCAUGCUCUGUGUCAAGUGUUGGUGCUCCUUGGGUGUUCGACUCUGAGGCUUCUUUUCAGGUGACAUCUGAUAGCUCUUGCCUUACAUCAUGUCGACCCAUUGUGGAUGGUAUAUGUGUUCAUACAGCUGAUGGUACUCCAUGCAAGGUCACUCAUAAGGGAUCGUCAGAGCAAGAGGAUCAUUGGAACUGGCCGUCGUCAUGGAGGAUCCACAUCCCUCUAUGUCCUUGACACCUUGCACCUUCCUCCAUCUUUUGCUUCGGUGUUUUGGGUCGUGUUCCCGUUGACACUAGUAUCUCCUGGUUCUCCACUGCGCCUGCGUCGCUUGAGCCUGCAAGUUGGGCUCGCGAACGCCUUGGACCGAGCCCAGCUCGGGUCGCGUCCACUCUGACCAGGAUUCAUGGAGCCCGGUCCUAAACCCGGCUCGGCCCGGCGUACGCUGUUCCUGCUCUAGUAUAUGUAGGCGGCCAAAGAAAGAGACGCUCAGACGCAGGAAGUGCAACGCAUACUUCGCCUACACACGACACCAAUGGCGGGGACCGAGCACGGCAGCGUGUGUUCCGGCUCGUCCAUGCGGGUCGUGAGCCGGCGUCUCGUCAAGGCCUCCGACACCACCACCACCACCAUCUCGCCGCGCGUGGUGGCCUUCACCAACCUCGACCUCCUCAACGACAUGCAGCUCUACGUCGCCUGCCUCUACCGGAUGCCCGCCACAUCAACCUACAGCGCCGUCGCCGCCACCUUCGAGGCCCACAUGCCGUCCUUCCUCAACCACAUGUUCCCCAUGGCCGGCCGCAUCGUGCGCGACCCGGUCUCCGGCCUCCCGGAGGAGCUCCGCUGCGGCAACCAAGGCGCCGAGCUGGUCCUUGCGGACGCCGGCGUGGCCCUGCGAGCCCUGGACUGGAGCCUCGCCAACGAGUCCGUGAGGAAGAUCCUCGUGCCGUUCCCCGACGAGGUCCCGCUGUCGCUGCAGCUCGUGUCCUUCACCUGCGGCCUCGGCUUCGCCGUGGUGUGGGGCUUCCACCACCUGCUGGGCGACGGGAGCUUCGGGGGCAUGCUCAUGAAGACGUGGUGCGAGCUUGUCAUGACCGGAAGCAUCUCCGGCGGAGGGCCGAGCCAUGACCGGGCCGUCUUCUUCCGGCCACGUGACCCGCCGUCCUACAGCGCCUCCUUCGCGGCCACGUUCACGCCGUGGGACCACGAGCACCAGGUGAACGGCCUCACCGCCGAGGCGAGCUUCGUGCAGCGGCACUACUACGUGGAAGGGCGCGACGUCGCAAGGCUGCGUGACACGGCGAGCACUACCGAGCCGGGCGGCCGCCGGCGUCGCGCGACGCGCGCCGAGGCCGUGUCCGCGUACCUGUGGAAGGUCCUCGCGGGCGUCGUGGCCAGCCUGACGCGGCUGGCCGACGACGAGAAGCGCUGCCGCAUGGCGUGGCUGGUGGACGGUCGUCGGCGGCUAACCUUAACCUCGUCAACCCCGGAGCUCCGCCGCGCGCUGCGGAGCUACGCCGGGAACGUGACAACGCACGCGGUAGGGGACGCGGCGGUGGCGGCGGUGCUGAGCAGGCCGCUGGCGGAGGUCGCGGCGAUGGUGCGGGACGCCAUCACGGCGCCCGACUACGACGCGCUGUGCCAGGAGACGGUGGACUGGGUGGAGGCGCACAAGCGGACCGGGCUCAGCUAUGCCCACACGGUCGCGCUCGGGCUUGGCAGCCCCACGCUGGCGAUGACGGUCGUUUCGUCGGAGCACAACAGCGAGACGGAUUUCGGGUUCGGGCCCGCCGUGCUCGGGAUGCCCGUGGACGCGAGGGACGGGCGGCUGUGCACGGCGCAUAUGUAUGUCACCACUCGCCCUGCCGACGGGUCGUGGAUCGUCAAUGCCUACGUGUGGCCGCGCCUCGCGGCGGCGCUGGAGGCCGACGAGGGGCGCGUCUUCAGGCCCAUCACGGCGGAGUACCUUGGUCUCGGCGAGUGUUUGCCACCAGAGGCCAGACCUCGUCUCUGAGUUCUGAUCUGCUCUUUUUCUUACUGCCUCAUGAGUUCUCUACUCGGCCGGCCACUGUGGGCUGCAGUGGCCAUACUGUUUGCUUUACAUUUCCCAAUCAAUAUUUUCCAGUAUAUGUUAGUAACUUUGUAUUUUUUAUGGAAAUAACCCCGGCCUCUGCAUCGGACGGAUAACUA